AGUAUUUAUUAGGAGUGGGUACAAUUUGGUAAAUUGGUUGAGUAUUGUGUGUUCAAUUUUGAAAACUUUAGUAGGUAAUUCAAUUUACUCCGGUCCGGGUAGCUUGAAUUACCCCCGUAACCCUAGCUAGGCAUCUCAUAUCUCUGUCUGCGUUAUUCCCUCCCUUCGUAGUCCGUUUAUUCCAUUGGCACCCUCAGGUUCAUUCCUCAUCUAGUUAGUUUUGGUACUGUAUAAACACAUUGCCUGACAUGGAAACUGAGGAUGUGAUCAUCCUGCCUCUUUUAAGUGAUUCUGAAACACAGCCAGAAAAUCAUGAUGGUGAAGAUUAUAACUGUAAACCGAGCUUGAAUCCCCUGUCGGGAGAAGCUAAGGCUAUGGAAGGAAUUGCCUCAAAUGGAGGAAUUUCUGAAAAUGGUGUCGGUGAUAUGAUUGAAGGACACCAGUUAUGUUUGGAUACAAAUGAUGGCAAAGAUUCUGAGAAUGGUGAGAAUGGCUGUCUCAUUGUUCCAGAAGAAAUCAAAAUUGGUAAUACCAAUGCCGGUCAACAAAAUCAAAGGAAUCCAAAUGUUGAUCCAAGUGCCGUGUCUAGUGCCAAAAGACCAAGAGCAGCCCUUGGAAAAGAGCAACCAUCAGUCCACAUUAUUUAUAAUGCCCUUACCAUUGAGAGAAAACAAAAGCUUGAAGAGCUAUUAGAGCAGUGGUCACAAUGGUGUGCUGACCACAGCCCUCCAUUACAUGACUCAGAGGAAGCGUUAGAAUCUGGUGAGGAUACUUACUUCCCUGCUCUCCGUGUUGGUGUGGAUAAACCUUCUGCAGUGUCCUUUUGGAUGGAUCUACCAAGGAAGAAAAAGAAUAAGGUUUUAAUUCCAUGUGAUGCCAGUUCUGUCCCUAUUUAUGACCGGGGGAUCACAUUUGCGUUGAGUAAAUCAGACCAUUCAACUAAUUUGGAAGGUGCAGUGGAAGAAGUUGAUGCGUCUCGCUGCUUCAACUGUAGUUCCUAUAGCCACUCAAUGAAGGAUUGCAAGAAGCCUCACGACACUGUUGCCAUCAGCAUUGCAAGGAAACAGCACAGAUCCAAACGCAACAUAAAUGCAGCUUCUCGUAAUUCUAUUCGAUACUAUCAAACCUCUCAAAAGGGGAAGUAUGAUGGUCUAAGCCCGGGCUUUCUUGAUCCUGAAACCCGAAAACUUUUGGGCCUUGGGGAGCUUGAUCCACCUCCAUGGCUUCACAGAAUGCUUGAAAUAGGUUAUCCACCAGGUUAUCGAGAAGAAGACAAUCUUUCUUCAGGAAUCACAAUAUUCGGUGAUGAUGAAAUUAAGAAAGAAACAGGGAGGGGAAAUCUUGAGAAAUCUGCAGAACCACCUAAGAAAAUGAGUGUUGAAUUUCCUGGGAUAAAUGCUCCAAUUCCAGAUGGUGUAGAUGAACGGCGUUGGGGUAUAUGGUCCUCAAGUGCUAUAGGUUCAAGAACUCAUCAUGACAUUAGACGUCAUGGUAUGACAUCAUAUGCUACAGAAAGGGGUCAUUCUCUUGAGCAGCAAAGAAUGCGAUGGUCUGCUAUGGAUAUGAAUUUUGAAGGAGAUGUACCUCCACCACACCAUUUUAGGGGUUUCGAAGAUGUGGGCCAUCCAAUGCCGUCAUUUAGGGAUUUUGAAGUAGGACCUCCACCGCACCGAUUCAGAAGUUUUGAAGAUGUGGGCCCUCCAAGGCUGGCAUUUAGAGACCUUGAAGCUGAAGGUCGUUGUCCUAGGCAGUGGUUUAGCCCUUUUGAAGAAGAAGAAGAAGAAGCACCCAGAGAGUAUUGGUUUCAUGGGUUUGAAGGCGAAGGUGAUCCAUGGCAGCAAUUCGAGUUCAAAGAUGAAUGGCUACCGGGCCCGGAUAACAGCCCAUUUUCUUACCGAUACCGGGAUUAUUAUGACUCUAAUUUCCGUGCAAUUGAUAGUUUUAGAAGAUCACCAUUGUCACGCGAGCGCACUUUCUUCUCCGGUUAUUACCCAAGACAUUGACGGUGGCAACUACUACUGUUUUGCAAAAGCCAGGGAGCAUCAAAACCAGUUCUUGAUACACUGUACAUUUUCCCAACAGAGUAGCACACCAAGAAUGUUAUAACCCAGUUUGUUUGCCAAAUGUGGAUUCCUAGUCUCUUUUUUGUUGGAUUUUAGGGUGUGAUCAUGUUAAUUCGUGUAAUCAUGUACGUGGAAACAUGUCUUGACUUGUUUUAAUGUCAAUAAUAGUCGAGUUACUAA